AUGAAGGCGACUCUCUGGAACGCAACCACUCAUGAAAAAGUGCGCGAGUUCACGGAACACCAAUGCUUGGUACUCGGAGUCGAUGUCUCGAGCGACGGUACUAAACUUGCCACUGCGGACAACUUCAACGUCCAGAUAAUCAGCAUCCCUUCCGGUGACCGACUCCAUUGGCUCCAACACGAUAGCGUUGUUAGUGUCAAGUUCUCUCCGGACGGCACUCGACUUGCUACUGUCUCGUGGAAACAAGGUUUCCGUGUCUACAGCACUGAUGAUGGCAAUAUCUUGUUCAAUUCAGGUCAAAGCGGUGGCAUCGGCUCUUCGCCCUGUACUCUGUUGGCCUGGUCGCCUGAUGGCCAGCAACUGUUCGUCGCGAACAAAGGCAAAAUCAUCUGUUACGACCUUGCAAAGUCCUCGUCUUCGGAAUGGUCAAUCCAUGAAAACCAAACCCAACCAUCUAUAGCAUCCAACGGCAGAUUCAUCGCAUGCUCCGAAGGUUCAUCGAUCUCGCUAUGGGAUUGCGUGUCCCACAAGCAGAUCGGUAGCAUUAUCACACACACCGCAACGGUUGAAUGCAUCGCUCUCCCAGCGAGCGGACGGUAUCUCGCAUUUGGAAAUGGCAAGAUUAUCACGGUUCACGAUCUCAGAGAUGUCCUUCCCCUUGGGUGUUUCGAGCAUAGUCUUCCGCUCGUAGAAAUGGGCCUCGCGACCUUCCUGUCAUGGACACAGGAUGACCCGACGCAAACCGAGAUACUACUCUCAGAGGAUAUCGCCAGCGCUUCUAGCCCUAGCCACUGCAUGCUGGCGAAUCGCGCACUUAUACGAACACGACUAGAACAUUUGGCACCUGCGAUAGAGGACGCCAAAGAGUCCCUCCGGAUUCGGCGAUCACCUAUCGGCCAUAUCGCGAUGGCCCUUGCCCUCCUUGGCCAGGGCGAUCGGGAGGGUGCGCGAUGCACGUUCGACCUUGCAUUUCAUGAUUGUGAGCUGCAUGACAUCAGAUUUCUCUUACUACUAAAGUCGAUCCUUGUUUUCGAAUCUGGAAAUCAAGAAGAGGGGGUCCUUGCUGUCAUGUACACGAAGAAAAGGAGUUACGGACGUGCGAUAUCAUUGAUGGAGCACGCGAAGAGCCUGGCCCCAAAGGACAAACGAUGUCCUCCGCUAGUGACGAUCUCGCUCAUAUUUGGGUGGAGUUUCAAUGGAGUGGAUAUCACUGCCCAGCAACGUCUAUGUGAGACCCUCUAUGCUGGAGAACGUACAGCCGAAGCCACAGAGAUCCUCCUCAAUAUCAUCCGGACAUCAGACAAGGAGAGAAACCCAAUCGCAGGUUGGAUCUCAGACUUCACCCAAAAAUGUGCUGUCACACUUGAGCAUGCUGGCGACGAUGCGUUCGGAUCCUCAGAGCAUGAUGAGGCAAUAGCACAGUACUCUGCUGUGCUGUCCCUCAGUCCUCAAAGUCCCGCUCGUUUGCUCAUCAAACGGAGCAGAGCUCGAGCUGCGAAAGAGUUGUGGGAGGAUGCACUUCAGGAUGCGAACGAGGCAGUGAAAGCGGAUCCUUCCAGCCCGUGGGGCUACGAGGCCCAGCACGUGGCGCUUCAUGGCGCGAAGCAGUACGACGAAGCGAUUGAAGCUUUCAAGUCCAUGCUACACAGGAUGGAGCAGUCCCAUGACCCCGCAAUCAUCCAACUCCGUAAGACCUACAUUUCACCAUCCGACACGAUUGCGGCAAUCGGUUCUGUCGUCAGCGAGAUCUGUUGUCCCCUUGUCGUCAUUGAUGUUACUACCGGUUACCUUUGCAACGAGACUGAGCGGAUGCAUAUUUUCAAGGCUGAUCCGGGGUUCAAACAACUUGUUUCAUCCAUGACGAAAAAAGUGGACAAGACGCUGAUCCGACCUGUGGUUGAGAGGUUUUUCGGAUAUGUCAUGUUCUCUCACACAUGGCAGGGGAAGGAGCCGUCGUUCCAGGAUGUCAACUUAGUCAACUCUGUGUGGGACCUUCCCGACACGCCCCUGAAUAACAAGUUGCGUGUUUUCUGCCAGGAAACGCGCAGGCUUGGUUACAACUGGGCAUGGUCCGAUACGUGUUGUAUCGACAAGUCCACGAGCCCCAUCCUUAACCAAUCCCUUACGUCCAUGUACAAAUGGUAUGCGAAUUCGGCAGGUCACACUUGUAUUACCUUGCGGGUGUCACGCAUCCAUCCAAGUCCGGGGAUCCUUGCGCGUAGUUUAUGGAUGACGCGAGCUUGGACGUUGCAAGAACUUCUCUCGCCGGAAGUCGUCUUUUUCUAUGACUCCGAGUGGAAACCAUACAUUGGCGAUACUGGCAUGAACCACAAGAAAUCUCCGGAGAUAGUGCAAGAGCUGGCAGACGCUAUCAAGAUUCCCCCCGGAUCCAUUAUCAAGUUCUCUCCAGACAAUCUCGGGGUACGCGAGAAACUUCAUCCUGAUAUCAGGCCUCACUACGGUGAAGGAGCCGACGCUCUCGGACAUCUGCUGGAGGAGAUCGUGGCUCGCACCGGCGAGGUCACCGUGCUUGCGUGGUCAGGGACAUCGUCCUCGUACAACAGCUGUCUCCCGGCUUCCGUUUCCGUCUACAGCCAAAUUCCUUACAUCCCUCCGUCACUCGAAGGGGAAGAAAUGGAAAUUCGCAUCACGAAAUUACGUGACGAGUUGCCGAAGGAAGUUCUCCUAAGCAUCUACAAUCAGAUCAACCUUCUUCCACCCGCGCGUUUUGGUGCCCAACGUCUAUAUCUUCCAUGCAUCAUCUUCCCCGUCAGAAAACUGGAGCUACGCAGAGGCAGUGAGAAGCUGUAUCGUGUCAAGGUAUCAAGGCUUGGAAAAGUGGAGUUCUCGACCGCCGACGAUCUCCCGCUGCACGAGGCACAGACAUUUAUCCUCGUACAUCCGUGGAUUGAUCAUAUCCGAGGUCCCAAUAGUGUGGUUUCCUGGGGAGAUGACCCGGAGUCUGAUACUAACUCUGACGGCGAUUCGGAUAACGGCACUGAAUCGGAUGGAGAUGCGCCGUCUUCGCCAUUACACGCUGUCCCCCCUCAAGUUGAUGGCUAUACUCGAGCACUGCAAGUGAUUGCUCGCCUCGGACAGCCGUUCAACGCGUUGCUUCUUGCACAACAGCCGAAAGGAGGUUACAGGAGGGUCGCCACAGAGAAAGAGAUUGUCGUUUCGGGACUUGGAACUAACAUCACCUUGAGCAUUCGGGUGGGGGUGUUGGAAAUCCUUUGACGUGUGCAUGGGGGAUUUGCUGGUCGUCAAAGCUGGUCCGUCUUUCUUCCUUUAGCGGUCACUUAUGGUGUACUUUUGUGCUGUUUGUUGCCUUUGUCCAUCGUCCUCAUCGUGCUCCUUACGUCGUCACAUCUGCUGUUCAUAUAUGCUACGCGCGGCCCCAUCUGGGCCAACCAAUGCUGCCCGUCAGCCAAUAUACUACUACUCGAUGUAUUCUCUCGAUACUUAUUUCACAACGAUCCCCACAAUUCGCUCUCCAGCCCCGAUCAGGG